UAAAAAUAAUUACUCCCGAUUCUGUAGAUAUGGAAUACGAAGAAGACUCUUCAUGCAGGGUUAAAAUAAUUGUUGUGGGUAACUCCAAUGUUGGAAAAACUAGCUUGAUCUCACAAUACAGCCAUUUCCAAGAGGAUGGGUUACCGAAUACGAACCCAAAUUUGAUCUGUGAAGCGCAGAUAAAGAAAUUCAGCAAAGAUGAUCAACUGGUCUACGUUGAUAUCUGGGAUACAGUCGGGCAGGAACGAUUCCAAGCCAUUAGCACCCAAUAUUACAAAUAGAGCUAGCGGAGCGAUGAUCGUUUACUCCAUCGAAGAUCAAGACUCAUUUAAUUAACAUUCUUAUAUGGAUUGAAAGAGUUCAAGAAAAUUGCCCAAAAGGUUGUAAAAUCAUGCUAAUUGGAAAUAAGGCAGACUUGAAUGCAGUAAGAUCCGUCACUUACAAAGAAGGGUUUGAGCUCUCUCUUGAAUACGGGAUUCAAUUCUUUGAAGUAAGUGCAAAAACAGGCCAUAAUAUUACUGAAAAUGCUAUGGAAGCACAAAGAGAAACUUGAGAAGAAGAUGAAAAAUUAAGCUCAUCUCUGUUCUCAUCGACAACCAUACUUUCUUCUGCUUUUUUCAGCAACAUUUCUAAAAAGAAAACAUGAAAGUGAUAAAUUCUCUAAACAUUCAAUAAAUC